AUGGGCAGCCCCCGCUCCGCGCUGAGCUGCCUGCUGUUGCACUUGCUGGUUCUCUGCCUCCAAGCCCAGGUAAGGAGCGCUGCGCAGAGGCGGGGGCCGGGCGCGGGGGACCCAGCUGACACUGUCGGGCAGGGACACGAGGACCGACCCUUCGGCCAGCGCAGCAGGGCUGGAAAGAACCUUACAAAUCCAGCCCCAAACUACCCCGAGGAGGGAUCUAAGGAACAGAGAGACAGUGUCCUGCCUAAAGUCACACAGCGAGAAGGCCCGGGCGGGGGGCCUGCGCUGGGCAGGGAGCCCGCUUCCCUGCUCCGAGCUGGCCGGGAGCCCCAGGGUGUUUCCCAACAGCAUGUGAGGGAGCAGAGCCUGGUGACGGAUCAGCUCAGCCGCCGCCUCAUCCGGACCUACCAGCUCUACAGCCGCACCAGCGGGAAGCACGUGCAGGUCUUGGCCAACAAGCGCAUCAACGCCAUGGCAGAAGACGGAGACCCCUUCGCAAAGCUCAUUGUGGAGACGGAUACUUUUGGAAGCAGAGUUCGAGUCCGUGGAGCAGAGACAGGUCUCUACAUCUGUAUGAACAAGAAGGGGAAGCUAAUUGCCAAGAGCAACGGCAAAGGCAAGGACUGCGUGUUCACCGAGAUCGUGCUGGAGAACAACUACACGGCGCUGCAGAACGCCAAGUACGAGGGCUGGUACAUGGCCUUUACCCGCAAGGGCCGGCCCCGCAAGGGCUCCAAGACGCGCCAGCACCAGCGCGAGGUGCACUUCAUGAAGCGGCUGCCGCGGGGCCACCACACCACCGAGCAGAGUCUGCGCUUCGAGUUCCUCAACUACCCGCCCUUCACGCGCAGCCUGCGGGGCAGCCAGAGGACUUGGGCCCUGGAGCCCCGAUAG